UAAAAUGGAUCGUUCUCUUUUUGCGUUCUCGAUGAUGCGCAUAUGACGUAAAUGCACGAUUAAUCGUGUAUUUCGGGCUCUGACACACCGAUUGGACAUGUUUAUAUCGACCUCUCGCUUUUCCUCGUUCACACUGUCGACCGUUCUCUUUCUUAGCACACAACAAAGUUCCGCUGAAUAAGUAUAACCGAUGACUUAAGCCGACUCGUCAACCUUGCGAUCCAAAACCUACUAGAAACACUUUACGAAUAGCAGUAGUAACGGCAACUGAGAUUCAUACGAGUGAUACCGAAGACUGUCGGUGGCUAAAGUGCACAAUUUGAGAUAAUAAUACUGUGUGAUCAAUUUAUGUAAUUAGAGCAUUCAAAAAAUUAUCCAUGAAAGUCGCAAAGACGAAAUCUGCCGAGCAGGAGGAAAUAGCAGGAGCAAUGGGUUUCAAGGAUAAGCAGAAAGCGUUGGAUACGCUAAAGGCUUUGGACGGCCGCGACAUUAGUUAUCAAUAUCACGUAAUCACGAGCUUCAUCAGUCGUGCGAAAAGAACAUUGCAGAUCACUCGGGACGAAGAGAAACUGGCGAAUCUGCGAGAUUCCUUGAAAAUCUUUGAAGAUUGGCUGACGGAUUACAAAGUGAAUAAUCGGGGAAAAGAGAAUCUCGCAUACUUGCCGAUCGAAACGAUCAAGAUCUUUCGUGGUCUCGCAAAGAAGUACGAUGUGUGGAACGACGACUUCUUCAGGGCCUACAAGGCUGAGAAGGGCGAUUACAAGAGCCUACGGACGGCGAAAGUGCCUGGCGGAGACAUCACGUGGGAUAUUGAAAGGAAUAGGCGCUUAAAGGAGAUUAUCGGCAAGAUCAAGGACGAGCACAUCCAAUGGUACGAGACGGAUGCGGGAGAUCUUCGGGGACUGCCGACGAAGGAGCACACGCGAUGCAUCGUAUUCGCGUACAGUCCCGAUCCUGCAAAGUUGAAGAAAUUGGUGACUCAGGUACGUGAAAAAUUUGGCGAGGACAAUAAUGAUACGGACAGCGAGGAAGAACGGCGAGGCGCUAAGAGAACUCACGAUGAUUCGUCGAGCAGCGAUAGCGAGCCGGAAACAAAAUUUGCGAAACAUUCAUCGGAAGCUGAAGAGAAUCAGCGAAACGAACAAUUGGAGAGCGUGUUAAGUUUCAAGGAUAAGGAGAAAGCUUUGCAGAGUAUCAAGUCCUUGGAAGGCAGGGACAUAUCGUAUCAGUUCUAUGCAAUCAGCGGCUUGGUAAAACGAGCCAGGAGAGUGAUAUCAUGCACAAAGGAUAAGCAAAAGAUUAAAAAUAUGACGGAAGCCGUGGAAGUCUUUGAGAACUGGAUCACCGAUUACAAUGUAAAUGGCCGAUCAAAAGACAACUUUAAUUAUUUAGCGAUCGACAUUGUGCGGGCCUUUAAACCUUUAGCUGAAAAAUAUGGUAUCGAUGAUAACGGUUUCCUCGAAGUCUACGAAGAGGCAGACGGCGAUUACAAGAAACUCAGAUCUGUUAGAGUUCCGCAAUCGAAUAUUACGUGGGAUAUAAAGAGAAACGAACACUUGCGAGAGUUGGUGGAUCGCAUAAAAAAGAGCCACAUCCAAUGGUUUGACACGGAUGCCAAAUUCCGAGGUUUGCCCACUGCGGAGCACGUACGAUGUAUUAUGUGGGGUUUCAGCUACGAUGUCGCGAAACUGAAGAAGCUCUUGCCAACAUUAAGCGAGAAACUUGAAGCCGCUGACUAAUAAUGUGGGUUAAUAAAUGUCAAAUUGUUGCUACAUCGCCAUCAU